UGUGGUAUUCCACGUCAGUUACGUACAUACUACAGCACAUAAACAUACUAACCAUUAUAAAUACCAAACCCAUAACGUUGUUUUCUGAUUCUUUCACUAUACAAGGCUUUUUUCGAAGUGUUGCACAAAUGUUUCAAUAGAAACUCUAGCUACCUAAACUAAACUUGAACAAGACUGUAGACUUUUAAACCAUUUUAUCUUCCUUUCGUUUUACAAAGUACAAAAUGGGCUUGUGCCUUUAUUUUGAAAUCAUUGCACAGUCUUAUCUCCCCUGCAGCCACUCAAGAAAACAGGGAAAUGUACUGCAAACGUUAUUUUUGUAUCUUUAAAAAGCCACAAUAGCAUAUAGUGUGUGUCGUCGCUGAUAAGAACAACUGACAGUUAUAAAAUGAGGAAGAUUUUCCCUUUCAGCCAAUGCAAACAACGAAGGAGAAGAAAUCCAUAUUGAUUGGAGGCGACAGACUCAAAGACAUGACCGAAGUUCACAUUAGUGACACAUUACUGAACUGUUGUGGUGACCAUGCAUUUCUAGCAGAAAGGCCUUCAAAAUGGAGGAUUAUGUACGCUAAAUCUCCACAGGAAACAGCUUUGUGUGUGAGCAGUGAUUACCCGGCGUUGAGUUUAAGUUUUUCCGAUCCAGAAUUGUUUCUGACUCAUAUGAGAUCUGCAGGUGGACUGAUAAAGAGCGACAGUGCGCAUGCGCACAUUUUGUCCAAACACGAAACAUCUAAAUGGGUAUUCGUGUAGCUGUCAUAGGGGCUGGAGCUGCAGGGCUCUGUGCCGCACGACACAUCCUGUUUUGGCCUGACGUUUUUGACUCACCUGUGGUGUAUGAGUUGACAGAGCAUGUGGGUGGCACCUGGUUCUAUGAAGAUCGAGUGGGGACCUAUGACAAUGGCUAUCCUAUCCACAGCAGUAUGUAUGGGAACCUCAGCCCUUUCCUGUGGGAUUCUUUAUCUGCUUUCAGAACCAAUUUGCCCAAAGAGGUUAUGAUGUUCCCUGAUUUCCCCUUUGAUGAUCACCUGCCUUCUUUUUUGCACCAUACAUCAGUUCAGCAAUAUUUGGAAAAGUAUUGUGAGAGCAGGGAUAUAGCUCCUCAUAUCAAGUUCAACACCGUGGUGGAAAAGGUGAAGCCCGUCUCCAUGGAGACAGAAACAGGGGGAGCUGUGACGUGGGAGGUAAUUUCGCGCGACACAUGUGGAGACCAGAACACUCAGACGUUCGACUCGGUGUUUGUGUGCAGUGGGCAUUAUUCCGACCCCCACCUGCCCUACAUUCCAGGAAUAGAGGAUUUUAAAGGAAAAGUGUUUCACAGUCACUGGUACCGGCAUCCAGAGCCCUUCGCUAACAAGUCGGUUGUGGUCUUGGGAGGCGGAGCUUCUGGAGUGGACAUUUCCAUAGAGCUAGCCCAUGUCCACGCUCAGGUCAUUUUAAGUCAUAACAAACCAUCCCUGGCCUUUCCUCUUCAUUUGGGUAUCCAGCAGGCUACACCUGUUGUUAAAGUCUCAGCAGAUGGGUCUUUACACUUCCAGGAUGGAUCAGUGACCAAGGCUGAUGUUCUUCUGCUCUGUACAGGAUACAAUUUUAACUUCCCCUUCCUCUGUCUGUCAGAACUGGGCCUGGAGAUACGGGAUCAUAUUGUGACUCCACUCUACAAAUUCUUGCUGCCCCCUGCCUUCCCUUCGAUUUUCUUUAUCGGCAUUUGCAAAAUAAUUUCCCCUUUUGUACACUUCCACUGUCAGGUUAAGUUUGCUCUCGCCAUCCUUGAAGGUUCUGUGAAGCUGCCCAAUCAGUUGGAGAUUGAGAAGGAGGCACAGGGAGAGAUGCAAAGAAAACUGGAGAAAGGUGUACAGGUGAAGCACUUGCUCAAUAUGGACUCUGAGCAGUGGGGUUAUUACCUGGAGCUGGCCAGGAUGGGUCGAUUCACACCCCUAAACCCAGUGAUUCAGAGCCUGUAUGAAGAGGUGGGCAGACAGAGGCGAAAACAGCCACUAACAUACAAACAGAUGAACUACAGGCUCAUUGAUGCCACACAGUGGGAGAUUUUGGAAUUUCCACCAGAACAGGCCGAUAAAGUUUAAGUAAAAAUGUAUGAGAUUUGCAGUUUAGUUUGUAAGGUAAUAUUUUUUAAGGUGACCUCAUAAAAGGAUGUUCACGUUUUAACAUUAUAAUAUCACAAAUUUUAAGUAUUCAGACAUCAGUGUUAUACAUUGUAUAACAUAUUCUAAAGCUUGUAUAUACAUUGAAUAUAAAUGUAAACUUUAAAUAUACAGUGGGUUUCAAGUGUGAGAACACUAUUAUCAGCAUAACAAUUUGACUGAAAAUUUACUUAAGAAAACCUAAAACGUUCUACGUAUCUUCGUGUUUAUUUUACAUUGUAAAUGUAAGAUUGUAAUUGUGAAGUCAGACUUUUAUUCGGACUUUUA